GCCAUAAAACCAAAAGAAGAAGAAGAAGAGAUUCUCAUGGUAGAGGAAGGCAUAAGUGGUACAGAAAUAGAUUCCAUUAACUAGUCUCCUCUUCGUAAUGGCCAGUCAGGGUGAUGGAGAGGUGUGGUACGCCCAUCCGGUUUACGCCCGAUAUUGGCAGCACUACCAGCAGGCCAUGAGCUGGCACCAGAGGCAUAAGCGGGCAUACAGAAAAGCUUUGGAGGUUGGCUACUUCCAGGCACUGUAUUCCAUGUACCCCUCUGCUGUCCAGCGAUACUCAGAUUGGCAUGCAGACGAGAGCUGGAGGAACGCUCCUAGAGACAGAACGACAGGUAGAGAAGAAGAAAGGGAGAAUGAGGCCACUGAUUCAGACCGUGAGAUGGAGGAGGAGAGUUCAGAUGAGAGCCAGAUCGAGUGUGACGUCAGUAACAUGGACAUCUCAGAAGAGCUGCGACAAUACUUUGCCCAGACAGAGCGACACAGGCAGGAACUCAGUAAGUGUUUAAAAACAUCUGGAAAUAUUUAGAAAAACUGACCUUUC